CGUGAAACCGCUCAUCCCGGAUCGGCUGGGCGCGGUGAGGGUCACCCUAGUGCGGAGGAGAGGCGUGGGAGCCCGCCGGCAGCUUGCUCCUAUCGCCGUCCCCAUCUCCCUACCCCGGGCGGAGAAGAACGCGUGGGUGUGGAGCGAGGCGCUUUAGUCACACCCCGCAGCCUCCUUCCCCAGGCAGCCUCGGGAGCCGCGCACAUUCUCCUCCCUCUCGCUGCCAGCCGGUGUGUCCGCGGCGGCAGGAGGCGGAGGGGCGGGAAGGGAGAGGCGAGGCGGGAGCCGGGGCCGCCCGGGAGGGAGAGAGGCGGCGGCGGCGGGAGGUCCCCGCAGCCACUCUGUGCUGCACGCAGCCCGCCGCCACCGCUGUACGGCAGCAGCUGCUCCGCGGCGGAGUUGCUGCCCUCCAGCAGUUCCGCUCCGGUUCUUAGCGAGGAGGGAGGCGUAGGAGAGAAGUGCUUUAUUUCGAGGGGAUGCUGAGAAAGCCGUUCCCUCCUGUAGCACGUUGCCUGGGCGUUCCUAUUAUGGAAGUUAAGUGAGAAACUCCGCAGCUUGAACUGAUUUGGGAGAGAGAGAGAGAGAGAGAGAAAAAAGGGGUAGGGCGAAGGGAGAGGAAAGCAAAAUAGCCAAACCAAGCCAAUGGUUUUCCUGCAAAGUGCCAGGAAGUUUGCGGAACACUUUCUAGGAAUCAGGUCCUUUCUCAGAGCCUCUCCUUGUCUUCCGAAGAAAGAGCUUGCUUUUGGAUUGCCAUGGAGCCUAAAGAGAGCCUUAGACACACUUGAAUAAUUCCUCAGCUUGGGCUGGAUUGGUGGGAAUUUAGGAAGGAGCGCGUGUGCGAAGCAGAAGCCUUCGGAGCUCGCUGCCUGCUCUAAUCUGUAUGGAUCUAAAAGUGUCACAUUCAAGACCUUUCCAUCUGCAGCUUUUGAUUGCAAGAUUUCCCUUUCCGCUUUAAGUAGCUGCUAGGAAACUGAAAACUUUUGGACCUACCUCUCGCUGUUUUUGGAUACUUUUUUUUUUUUUUUUUUUUUUUUUUUUUUUUUUUUUUUUUUUCUGUAUCUCUGUGGAAUUGCUCUAGCAAACGAUCGGGAUUGCUUUUAAUAUGUCAAAAUGGGUCUGCUGACGCCACUCCUGCUCUUUGGAUUUGCAUUUUUUCAAGUCUACGGAUCCCGUCUCCGCCAAGAGGACUUUCCACCACGGAUUGUUGAGCAUCCUUCAGAUGUGAUAGUCUCUAAAGGAGAACCAACAACCCUGAACUGUAAAGCUGAAGGACGGCCAACUCCUACUAUUGAAUGGUACAAAGAUGGAGAGCGAGUGGAAACAGACAAAGAUGAUCCUCGCUCCCACCGUAUGCUGCUGCCUAGCGGAUCUUUAUUUUUCUUACGUAUUGUGCAUGGACGCAGGAGUAAACCUGAUGAAGGAAGUUAUGUUUGCGUAGCAAGGAACUAUCUUGGAGAAGCUGUGAGUCGCAAUGCAUCUCUGGAAGUGGCAUUGCUACGAGAUGACUUCCGCCAAAACCCUACGGAUGUUGUGGUGGCAGCUGGAGAACCUGCAAUACUGGAGUGUCAGCCACCUCGUGGGCACCCUGAGCCUACCAUCUACUGGAAAAAAGAUAAAGUCCGUAUUGAUGACAGGGAAGAGCGGAUCAGUAUACGUGGUGGGAAGCUAAUGAUCUCCAAUACACGAAAAAGUGAUGCUGGCAUGUACACUUGCGUUGGAACCAACAUGGUGGGGGAACGAGACAGUGAUCCAGCAGAGCUGACUGUCUUUGAGCGGCCCACGUUUCUCAGGCGACCAAUCAACCAGGUGGUGCUGGAGGAGGAGGCCGUGGAUUUCCGGUGCCAGGUGCAGGGGGACCCGCAGCCCACCGUCCGCUGGAAGAAGGACGAUGCAGACCUGCCAAGAGGAAGGUAUGACAUUAAAGAUGACUACACUUUGCGCAUCAAGAAGGCUAUGAGCACAGAUGAAGGCACCUACACAUGCAUUGCUGAGAAUCGAGUUGGAAAAGUGGAAGCAUCUGCUACCCUUACUGUGCGAGCUCGCCCCGUUGCUCCCCCACAGUUUGUGGUGAGACCACGAGAUCAGAUUGUAGCCCAGGGUCGAACGGUGACUUUUCCUUGUGAAACUAAAGGAAAUCCCCAGCCAGCUGUUUUUUGGCAAAAAGAAGGAAGCCAGAAUCUGCUCUUCCCAAACCAGCCUCUCCAACCCAACAGCAGAUACUCAGUAUCACCAACUGGAGACCUCACUAUUACCAACAUUCAACGGUCUGAUGCAGGCUACUACAUUUGUCAAGCACUGACGGUUGCUGGAAGCAUUUUAGCAAAGGCUCAGCUGGAGGUUACUGAUGUCUUGACAGAUAGACCUCCACCCAUCAUCCUCCAGGGGCCUGUCAAUCAGACAUUGGCAGUGGAUGGAACAGCUCUGCUGAAGUGCAAGGCUACUGGUGACCCGCUUCCUGUUAUCAGUUGGUUAAAAGAAGGCUUCACUUUUCUGGGCAGAGACCCUCGAACUUCCAUACAGGAUCAGGGAACCCUUCAGAUUAAAACUCUGCGGCUGUCUGAUACUGGAACUUACACUUGUGUUGCAACAAGUUCAAGUGGGGAAACAUCAUGGAGUGCUGUUCUGGAUGUGACAGAGUUGGGUGGAGCAACAGUCAGUAAAAGUUAUGACAUAAAUGACCUUCCUGGGCCACCAUCCAAACCUCAGGUCACUGAUGUAACUAAGAACAGUGUCACCCUGUCCUGGCAACCAGGGACCCCUGGAAGCCUACCAGCUAGUGCAUAUAUCAUUGAAGCUUUUAGUCAAUCUGUGAGCAAUAGUUGGCAAACAGUGGCUAACCACGUGAAGACCACUCUCUACACUGUGAGAGGACUGCGUCCCAAUACAAUCUACCUGUUUAUGGUGAGAGCUAUCAACUCACAAGGUCUGAGUGAUCCCAGCCCUAUGUCAGAUCCUGUCCGAACACAAGAUAUCAGUCCACCAGCACAAGGUGUGGAUCACAGGCAAGUCCAGAAGGAACUGGGAGACGUCAUUGUACGCCUGCAUAACCCCGUUGUGCUGACACCCACAACAGUUCAAGUUACCUGGACAGUUGACCGCCAAUCGCAGUUUAUUCAGGGCUACCGAGUAAUGUACCGCCAAACAUCUGGCCUACUGUCUCCAGCUGUAUGGCAGAAUUUGGAGGUCAAAGUCCCAACAGAGCGCAGUGCUGUUCUAGUCAACUUGAAAAAAGGAGUCACUUAUGAAAUUAAAGUUCGCCCGUACUUCAAUGAGUUUCAAGGAAUGGACAGUGAAUCAAAGUCUGCUCGUACCACAGAGGAAGCUCCAAGUGCCCCUCCUCAGUCUGUUACUGUCCUGACAGUUGGAAACCACAACAGCACAAGCAUCAGCAUCUCCUGGGAUCCUCCCCCUCCAGAUCACCAAAAUGGAAUCAUCCAGGAAUACAAGAUCUGGUGUCUAGGUAAUGAGACUCGAUUUCAUAUCAACAAAACAGUAGAUGCAGCCAUUCGAUCUGUAGUAAUAGGUGGCCUGUAUCCAGGUAUUCAGUAUCGUGUAGAAGUUGCUGCAAGCACCAGUGCAGGUGUGGGAGUGAAAAGUGAGCCACAACCGAUAAUAAUUGGAAGCCGUAACGAAGUUGUCAUCACUGAAAAUAACAACAGCAUAACUGAGCAAAUCACUGAUGUUGUCAAACAGCCUGCCUUUAUAGCUGGCAUCGGUGGUGCAUGUUGGGUAAUUCUGAUGGGUUUCAGCAUCUGGCUGUAUUGGCGCAGAAAGAAGAGGAAGGGGCUCAGUAAUUAUGCUGUCACGUUCCAAAGAGGAGAUGGAGGACUAAUGAGCAAUGGAAGUCGACCAGGUUUGUUGAAUGCAAGUGACCCCAGUUAUCCUUGGCUUGCAGACUCUUGGCCUGCCACAAGUCUGCCAGUUAACAACAGCUCUAGUGGACCCAAUGAUCUUGCCAAUUUCAGUCGUGGAGAUGUGUUGCCACCAGUGCCAGGGCAAGGAGAUAAAACUGCUACUAUGCUUUCUGAUGGAGCCAUUUACAGCAGCAUUGACUUCACGACAAAAACUAGUUACAACAGUUCCAGCCAAAUAACGCAAGCUACGCCAUAUGCCACCACCCAGAUCCUGCAUUCCAACAGCAUCCAUGAGUUGGCAGUCGACUUACCUGAUCCUCAGUGGAAAAGCUCAAUUCAGCAAAAAAAUGACCUGAUGGGAUUUGGCUACUCUCUACCAGAACAAGGCAAAGGCAACAAUGCCUUGCUUUACAUCCCUGACUACCGCGUGGCUGAGGGAUUGGCUAAUAGAUUGCCACACAACCAGUCACAGGAUUUCAGCACCACCAGCUCCCACAACAGCUCCGAAAGGAGUGGCAGCCUCUCAGGUGGCAAAGGAGGGAAAAAGAAGAAAAGCAAAAAUACUGCCAAGCCUCAGAAAAAUAAUGGUUCAAACUGGGCCAGUGUUCCCCUCCCACCCCCUCCUGUGCAACCGCUCCCAGGCACAGAGCUGGAACACUACGGGGUAGAUCAACAAGAAGCAGGAUAUGACAGUGAUGGUUGGUGUCCACCCUUGCCUGUUCAGACCUACCUCCAUCAGGGCAUGGAGGAUGAGCUUGAAGAAGACGAUGAUCGUGUUCCCACACCUCCUGUGCGAGGAGUAGCUUCAUCGCCUGCGAUCUCCUUUGGGCAACAAUCAACUGCAACACUCACGCCUUCUCCACGAGAGGAGAUGCAGCCAAUGCUUCAAGCCCACCUUGAUGAAUUAACCAGGGCCUACCAGUUUGAUAUAGCAAAGCAGACAUGGCACAUCCAAAGCAAUACACAACCUCCUCAGGCACCAGUUCCACCCCUCGGAUAUGUAUCUGGAAACCUUAUUUCAGACUUGGAAACAGAUGUUCCAGACGAUGAUGAGGAUGAUAUCGAAGAAGAAACUCUAGAAAUCAAUAGGCCACUGAGAGGUCUAGAGCAUACUCCAGGCUCCAGUAUGGACAAUUUAGACAGCUCUGUGACAGGUUCAAUGGUAAAUGGAUGGGGUUCUGCGUCUGAUGAGGACCGUAACUUUUCUAGUCAUAGAUCUAGUGUAGGUAGCUCCUCAGAUGACUCGAUCUUUACCAGCGGCAGUUUUGCACAAGCACUGGUUGCAGCAGCAGAUAAAGCUGGUUUUAGGCUGGAUGGAACCAGCCUGACAAGAACAGGCAAAGCAUAUCCUUCCUCUCAGAGACCUCGGCCAAGCAGUCCUUUUUCUACUGACAGCAACACCAGUGCAGCUGUCACUCAGAGUCAGAGGCCGAGGCCCACUAAAAAACACAAGGGAGGCCGGUUGGACCAACCCCCCUUGCCUCAUCGUAGGGAGGGAAUAACAGACGAUCUUCCACCACCACCUGACCCACCACCUGGUCAGGGUUUAAGGCAGCAAAUAGGCCCGGGCCAGCGUGGAGGCUCGGCAGAGAGGAAAGGAAGCUCUCUUGAGAGGCAGCAUGCACCCAGCGUAGAUGACACAAAGAGCUCCCUGGACCGGCAAGCUAGGACAUCACUAGAGUGGCAGCGGCAAACCCAGGAGUGGAUAAGCUCUGCAGAACGCCAAGAGGAUUUCAGGAAAGCCCAACACAAGCAAGCAUUUGGAUCAGAAGAGGCGUUGGUACCAUAUAGUAAACCCAACUUUCCAUCCCCUGGCGGCCACAGCUCUUCAGGAACAGCUUCUUCUAAAGGAUCCACUGGACCUAGAAAAGGUGAAGUCUUGCGAGGAGGUCACCAACGCAAUGCCAGUGACCUUCUCGAUGUAGGCUAUGUGGGAUCAAACAGUCAAGGACAGUUUACUGGUGAAUUAUAGUAGUUGAGAAGACACAUUGCAAGCUGCUCUGAUGGGCCAUCAGGGCUGAACUCAUGGAAGUGAUGACACUAAACAGUGCAAUGAACAUUUUCUUUAUUUAUGUACUAUUAAAAGAACUGUAAAUGCAAUGUAAAGACACACAGCCACAUAUCCCACAGAUACUUGUGUUCUUCUCUUUAUACACCAUCCACCUUAAAAUAUUCCUUGUCAGGAGUAUACAAAAAGAAAAAAAAAAAUCACCCUCCAGGAUGAAAAGAAUUUCCUUCUGUAUAUAAUUUCUUUUGUUGCAUUGCUAUGCAAGUUCACCUUCUUUUUAGCUAUGUUCAUAUUCAUGUCUGUUUUUAUUGGUCUGUUGUACUAUAUGUGAAUUAAUAGGCUGUGGUGCCAUAUAUUAACUUUUAAUUGUGUAACUUUUAUGUUUAAAGUUUGCACUGCAAUUUUAUUUGGUGAUAAGCACAAAACUCUACUCCUCAUGACAUGAAGAAAAAAAGAGACUGAAUGUGUGAAGAGGGUUUACGUACUGUAAGCUACUUUGGAUAAUGCUGGAUGUAAAGGAGUAUGUUAGGUGGUUUUCCAUUGGGGUGUAGAAAUGAGAAAGUGACAGGCAAAAAUGAUGUCAGUAAAGACAUUAGAGACAGAUUUAAAUCUUUUAAAAGCAGACAACAUAGUUGCUCUUCCUAUCUAAGAAGGGGUCAGAAGUUGGAAGUUUGAGUUUCAAGAGUGAGUAUGAAAAUUAACAGUAGCAUGAGAUGGCCUAGACCCUUUCACUAGAAUGAUUCCCUUAGUAUCUGUUUUUAGCCAUCCAAUGCCAUUAAGUAAAGGUAAAGAAAAGCAAACCUUGCUACAAACAAAAGAAAUUAAGGUGUUUCACUAAAGCUGUUUUAUAUUGCAGUUUUGAAAGAAUUAUUAUCAUUAAUUUCUGCAACCCAAAAUGUAAGUCAGAAAUUUCCCAGAAGAAACAAACAGUAUAAACUCAAGGAAUACCUAGUACGUAGUUAAGGAUGCAAUCUAUUAUUAAAACUUAUUCAGGCUGCUUCUGAAAAAAAACUAAAUGUCAGAGUAUUUUAUUUCAUCUUUCCAAUACAUGUACAGUACAAUAGUAAAUAGAGCUGCACCACUGAAAUUCAUGACAUUAAUUGUUUUGAUGCAGUCUAGACAAACCUUUGUGUUUUGUUACCUGAAGUCUGUGAGAGCUGAAGCUGAUUUCACUAAAUUUUUAGUGUUUAGAAGGACGUAACAGUCAAAUUAUUGUUUUAGGAAUAUUUUCUGCGAUGCAAUACAUUCAAAAAGUUGGAUGCAAGCAAAAAAAAUCCUUGAACUGUUUUUUUAGUGAGUGGCUUCACACCCUACUAUAAUGAGGAAAUAAUGCAUGUUUAUACUCUUUUUGAAUAAACCAAAGUCUGUAAGUGGACAUUAAUGACAACAUUCUGUCUCUUCAUUAGUUUUCAUUACUCUGUUCAAAUCUUCUGUACCUCUCAAAUCUCAAUGACUGAAUUGUCAAACUUUUCUUAGAAUGUUGUAUAUAGGUAUCACCCUCAUUUGCUUAAUUUAAAUUUUGCAUCCUAUAGCUUAUUUCUGUUAGUCUAUUUCUGACCAUGAACAUUUUUCCAUUUGAAUACCCUUUUCAUAUAAUCAGUCUAUGUUGUUUUAUAUAUUGCCUUGGAGCUCACCAGUAUUAAGGACACUUUUAGUAAUGGCAGAAUUUUAGAAGAGUAAAUUUCAAUGCUAAAUAUGUGUUGCUUUUCAUGUCAUUAACUCAUUCCAUGAUAAGAUAAAACACGACAGCCAUCAGCUAUAACUCAGCACUAUCAAAUAUUAAAGAAAUCAUAGUUAACUUCCUUAAGGUCAAGACUGUUAUUUAGCAGGUUACGAAAAGAGUUGGGAGAAAUGAAUGCAUUUGUCUAUAUAACUGACCAAUGAGUAUAUGUAAUUUACCUGCUUGUUUAAUCACUAUAGUUAAAACCAUUAUUUAAAAAUGUGCAAAAUUGUUCAAGCAAGACAAAGAAGGCAUCAUACAUACACAUGUAUGUUUUCUUUACUUUGUUAUUAUCAUAUGAAGAGAAGAUUAUUCAGGGUACAAUUCAAAUUGAAUUCUCUGAAAAAAGUGUUUAACUAGUCACCAAGGGAAUAGUUCUCUUAAUUUGAAAGCUUGUGCUGAGCUUUGGUGGAACACCUUACUCACUAUAUCCUAUUUAAAAUUCAGUAUCAUUAGAAGUCGAUGAAGCCAUCCCAAUUACUUUCAAAUAUGUGUUUUAUCUCUUCUACUGGAAAGUAAAUGUGUGUCAGUAUUAAAGCUGUGCAGUACCAUGAUAUUCACUAACUUGUCCAUCUGCUUCUGUACAUUUUUGUUCAUUAAUAAUUUGCUUACAAUAUUACAUAAAGUGUUGUUGUGUAUCGCAAAGUGUCUCCAUUAUCUUACAGGUGAUGUCUCUUCUUUUUUUUCUCUCUUUUCUAUACAGUGUACUUCCAAUGAACCACAGUACAUAUUUUUUAAAAUGCCAUUUAAUUUACUAUUUUAAAAGAAGAAUUCUUCUUUUUUUAAAAAAAUGGAAAACAUUUAUUGUGAAUAAUGUGUUUAAAGAAAAGGGAUGUUGUGGCAGCACUUAGAAUUGUUUUUUAAUUUGUUUUUUUAAAAAAUAUUUAUUGGCUACAGUUUGUUCACGAAAAAGUAUGACCUCUUAAUGUGUUUCAUUGGUAUUGUUAGUGCAGCAAAGUUUAAUUGGCAUAAAAAGUUGGUUAAUAGUCCUGUUGAAGUGUGUAUUGUAUAUUUACUGGGGAAAAAAAAUAAAACAUACUCACAUUUCAAAUCUAUGUUAAAAUAUCUUGAGUAAGGAGUCAAUAUGUGAAAAUCCAAACUGGUAACAAUCAGGCAAUAAUAACAUAGACUGAACUAUAAUCAUCACUGUCCACUUACAGGUAACAAGGAUCAUUUUAUACCCUGCUUUUUGAACUGUGUUAAUAGCUGUCUUAUAAAUAGCUCAAUGGGAAACAUCAUCUGCCAUAGGGAUUUCUCAUGAAGCUCCUCUCCACGUUGGGAAUAGUUGUACCAAUGUAAUUACACUGAUACAGCUAUUCUAGUGAUACAGCCUCCAUUUGCAUACAUACUGUGUCAGUGUACAGUAAGGGCUGCAAACAUAUGGUGUACCUUGCUUAAAGCCCAUAAUCUAGUAUAUAUAUAUAUAUAUAUAUAUAUAUACACACGUGUUCAGUAGUUGAGCACCCCCUGACCUGUGGGGUUUUGUACUGGUGGAGCUACUACCAACCCAGAAUAGGGUAUCCCCAGGAUGUGCAUAGAUGCUACAUCAAAUUUUCUCAAUCUUUGCUUGAACAUAUGCUCAAUUUUAAAUGUGGGAGGGCUGAAGAAUCGAUUAAUAAAUUAUUCCAUGUACUUCAGUGGUGUAUUGCUGCCAUACCAGUGAUGCAAACAGACAUUUAUUUUUUGUUAUUUAAUGUUUCUCAAGUCCUUAUCCUGGUCAGUUGACCUUUUGAUUAAAUUUUUGCUCUCACCUGAAAUACCACUGAAACAGUGUUCCCUGGGGAAGAAAAAAAAAAAAAAAAAAAAACAUGGAAUAUUUUAAGUAUAUUGAUUUAACAAUAAGCCAAUGUAAAAGGAAGACAUGACUGUUUAAAUAAUACUAUGCUGGCUUAUGCAUUGCCAGUCAGGAAAAAAGAUGUGUUCUAAGGUUGGGAAAGAGUCCUCACAGUUGACAGAGAAAAGAUGCUCAGGUUGGGGGAGAUUCUGGUAGGAACUUUUUAAAAUACAGGCAACUCUUUUUCUACAAUUUAUGCACUUUUUUUAAAUUAUUAUUAGCUUGUUUUUAUGACUGAUGAUCUUUAGGAAAUUUAGCGGGGGGAGAUAGAAAGAAAAAAAUGUUGGCUAGCAAGCAGUUUUUGGCCAUCAAGGCUCUGCACACAUUGCACAGAAGAGUGGCAUCCAACCACUUUGCUCUAUUUUGUGUCCCAGCUUUUGUUAGAUGAGCCUCUCACUAUGCCAACUGCUUCCAAACCCAAAAUAAUAGCUAUAGCUUAAAGAUACCUGGUGGGACCCAGAGAUGUAGGGCUGUGCCUGUGUGCUAUGAAUGUGGACAGUUACUGGGUGCAUGGGGAGAGCUACCUCUGAGCUCUGGCACUGGUGUGAGAACUAUCUUACUCUCUGCCUCUAUUUGACUGUGCAGCUACAUCCAGGAAAACCUCAGCUCUAGUUGUCUAUAGCAUGCCACAGUAUAGCAGUGUCUUUUCUAGUUUGUGACUCCUCAUUCAGUCUAUUACAGACCAUCCUCAAUUCAAUGCCUGCCUCUCACCACAUGAUCCAAGGACUGAAAUUGCAUAUGCUGACAUUUAGGCCACUGAGGUUGUUGUUGCAAUCUAUGCAGCAGAAUGAAAAACAACAACAACAAACCUUGUCACUUCAACAUGAACCUUUUAAAACAAUCCUCAAAAAAAUCAUAGAAAACAAAGCAUUUGAGAUGUAUGUGUUUGGUUUUGCUUUGAUUCUAUUUCAUUUUCUUGGGUAUCUUUUCUUAGCUACCAUCAGACUUUCUUUCUCACAAGCUGCUAAACUCUCCCUCCCCCAUUCUCUAGCAUUGAAUAAGUUAUGACAUUAGAGAAUACUUACAUUUGUGUAAUUUCUGUGUUACAACUAUCAACAGCAAGGUCCACAGUUGCAUUCACUUCAAUUGGUCAAAGUCAGAUGGGGAAUUAAAUGUUUGGGAUUUUUUUUCUAAAAAGGCCUGCAGCUAUUUGUGCUGAUAUUUGCUCCCCAUUUGUGCUGAUCACUGCACCUUUUGCCUUCAAGGAUGCCAUUAGUAAUUCUUGUUUGCGUUCAAAAGCAGGAAUCCAUUGUGCAGCACUUGGAGAGCCACUCGGAUGCAGGUAAAAAAUAUAACAGCUUGAGCAAGUGCUAAUUAGAGCCAAUUAAACUUAAUUGACCUCCUUUGGCAGAAAAAUGUAGAAUAGAACUUGCUCUGUCCUUGCAAAAUGAAGAUCUUGCUCUAAGCAUGAGUGUGAGGCUCAGUUUCAUGUAUCAGGCUGUAGCAAUUACAUGAGUAUAACAACCGGGAGGAGGCUCGCUCCUUUUUUUUUUUCUAGUAACUUAGAUCUGCUCUAUCAAGGUGCUGCAAUAAAAGUAAGAUUUCUGGUUCACUCUAUUUAAAAGCCUAAUUUUUACAGAGCAAAUGAGCAUCCCAAGAUACUAAUGCUAAUCUCUAGGAGUGAAUUGGCAGAAAAGUACAGGAUUUCUUUAGUAGGUAAGUAAUGGCGUGAGCACAAAGAAGCGAUUCAGGUUGGAAACAGCUCUGCUGAGAGGCUGUAUCUGUGCUAAGCAGUAGGUGCAUGCCACAGUGUGCCUGGAUCAGUGCCUUGUGCAUCUGCCUACAGUUCAACACAGCUCCUGCUAUGCCUUCCCUUGAGGUGUCCUUCUAAGGACUUCUACUGGGAGAAGGCUCACCAGACCCACCCGAGGUUGUGGUGCCGUUGGGCUGGGCUAAUGGGGAGCACGUGUGCACCACUGCCAUGGGUGUCAGAGUGUAGCCAGAGGUAUCAAAAGAAACGUGAGAAGAGAGGGACAAUGAAGGGUGGGAAAUGUAAAAUUGUAUGAAUUCGAAGGCAUGGUAAGUGCUAAACAACCGAACUCUAUGAAAGGCCCGUAUCCAGCUUCAGUGGCUGCAUUUUGCUGGUGUCAUUAUUUAUUUAUUUUUCUUAAUCAGGAACUGAAUGCAACUGAUUUUGCUGCUGACUUGGCCUUACUAUUAACAGCAAUAAAGGUGUUAGUCAGGUGGGGACUUCGAUGUGACCAAUAGCAUCACUCUUGCUUCAGGGAAUGUUCUUGUGCUGGCUUGUUAAUGAAUUUCUUUCCUAAUGAGUAUCAUUAAAAACCCUUUGAUUAGCUAUUUGUGUGAAUGCCCUUCCUUUUUCCUCUGAGCUGCUACUAGCACAAGUGGUAGCAGGAUUUUGCCCUAGGCAGAAAGCAUGCAGCUAUAUUCCUUUCCUCAUGAAUACAACUCUAAGGUGAACUGCAGUAGGAGAAGGGGGGGGAGGGAAUAAAAAUAAAAGCUCACAGAUGAGUUGAAGUUGCUAUCUACAUAUGUAGAACCUGAGCAGGCACUAACAUUCAGAUGAGGCUGCCAUUAGGGAAAUGAAGAGCAAUAGGUAGCAAUGGCGAAACAUGUAAUAAUAAUUUGCAUACACCCCGAGAGCCAACAGGCAAAGAAACAAAUAAAGCUGUAACCUGCGGAAAGGCAGUGCCAGAGAACAAAUGGACCACAGGAAGCAAACAAAAAAUGCUAUUUCAUAAAAUGCAGCAAAAAGCCUGGAAAAUAAAAUUAAAACCAAAACAAGGCAUUUCACAUCCCAGACCCCUUAAUGAGAUAUUGAUGGCAUAGAAAUUGCCUACAUCUAUGCAAGACAAAAGAAAGUCUGAGAAGCACAAAAACAAUUAGGAAACAGAUUUGGCAAUCUAGGGUUUAAUAGAAAGAGAUGUGUCAUAGCAGAGUACAAUUAAUCACCAACUGCUUGAAAUGCUUUCUUCUCCUGAGCUGUUGUAGGCCUUUCUUUGUCCCUUCUCAUCUAAAAAUGACAGUCACUUGAUCUAGUUUUUAUUUAAAAUGAAUAUCUCCCUUCUUUUUCCUUCUCUAGUCCCCAAGUCCACAGAAUUACAGAUUCUGAUACACAAAUACUUUCCAUUUGCACUCAUGGCACAAGCUUAAAGCUAGCUGCAGCCUACCCAACCCCAUCUUCCUUAUUCUCUUUUUCCCCAACAGGCAGUGAGCUUAUCUGCAUAUUUUCUGUCUUGUUGUUAGGCAUACGAUGAAGCUUUUCUAUUUUUGUCUUUCUCUGCCAAGGAAGCUGUCUCAGAAGCAUCAGACUUACAUAUUUCUACAAGUUCAUUUUUAUGUUUGAUCUGUAUAGAAUUUGAGGUUUAAAAUAGGUCACUGGGUGCCUCUAGAGCAUUUCUAAGGAAGUGAGAGCCAUUGCUGAAUCUAGAUUUCAGUGUUUUAACCCUGCACACUGAGCCUGAGAAACUCAGGGUGGAUGGUCGUACUUGCAGGACUAAGGCCAAGAGUAGUAGUCUGUGUCCGUUGUGCUAUGGGUGGGUCUUUGGCUCAAUGUGCACGUUUUAGUAGUAGCAAAGGAAUGUGCCUUAGAACUUGUGAACAAAUAAGUAACUCUAAAUAGUGACAGCCUGAAAGUAAGUUUUGGGUCUGGUGAAAUCAGUGAUAAAACUUUAUCCUUUUCUUUAAUAAAAAUAAAGUAUUAGAUCUGCUGGGGUAAUCUCUGUAGUGCAUUAGCAGAUCUUAGCACUUCCAAAGACCAGAUUUCUGUUUU